GCGCCGCCCUCCAGGGCUUUCCUGUGUGGCUGUGGGCGUACAGGGAGCUGUGCUGCGUUCGGAGAGGCAGGGGCUGGCCCCGUUGCUUCAAUGCAGAGCAUUCAGCUGCUUCAGAGCGCGUGGGAGCCUGCGAGCAGCGCUUGUGGUCACUUUGUUGUGUCCCGCCCGGGGCGAGGGUUGUGGCAUCCAGGCAUUCUCUUGCCCGUGUUUCCCACAGCCCGGACGGCUCUGGGGCUGAGCCAGGUGGAAUUUAUUUAUUUUUUCCGGGAAGAUGUCAAAGGACUCCUUGGAGGUGAAAUCCCGCUCGCCCCGCCGCUUGUCACGCAGGCUACAAAAGGAGGGCUGCGGAGGGGAGCUGCAGGGGAGCGCCGCCAGGUUGAAGCGAGAGCCCCUGCGAGCGCAUCAGGCGCCUGGCGAUAAUUCAGUCCCCAGGAAUCUUUCCAGUAAAGCAACAGAAAAAGAGCAGAAGCAGGAUGAUUUGCGAGGCAGACUCAUUUUGUUGGUGAAAGAGAAUCAUAAAAGCAUCCCCUCCUUUCCCUACGGUGGUGUCAACACCUUUCUUUUUCUGGUUUCCCUUCUAGUUGCUGAUUGUUCUCUUCCCUGGAGCAGUUCAACUGGUAGAAUCUAGCGAGAGCAUUGGCAGCUUUUACUUCAGCAUCAUCCAGCCCUGCUGAGAGGCACUCGACACAGAGCGGUGGUAAAAUGCUGGCAGAGCCUUUUGACCUUACCAUGGGCUCUAACCUAAAAGUCAUCUUCCUGUUUCUUUGGUUGCUUCACUACGGAGGAGGAGAUGUCAGUGUACAGCAGAAACCUCUAAUCCAGGUUGCACUGCUUAAGGAAAAAGUAUCCAUCCCCUGUGAAGUCAUCUUCCCGUACACACUGAAAUACACCAGAUUUACAAUCUUCUAUUACUGGAUUAAUGCAUGGGACCAGGAAGUAUCCAUCUAUAAUAAGAAAGAACAAGUAGAUAUCCCUCCUGGAAAAGAGAAUAGGACUGCAAUCAAAUCUUACAAUCAUGAAACAAAGCCACUUGAGAGCACCUCUUCUACUGGCACAUACUACUGCAAAGUCCAAUGGAAUGACAUCCAGAUAAAGGGAAAGGGAGUGUUUGUCCUUGUAAGAGGUACAGGGUAUGCACAGACCUCUUAUGGGCGAGAAAUCCUCAUUACCCUUACCAUUCUUCUGGCUGCACUGAGCAUCACUGCAACAGCUCUGCUAGUGUGGAAAAGAAAGAUAUUGUGUCCUAAAAAGAACCAACUAAAUAUCAGGAGAUAUCAGAAGACAGAAACUCAGCCUCCUUCAGCAAGCCCACCACCAGCUUCUCCUGUUUAUGAUUGCCUGGAUUCGCAGCAAGUUGAGGUCUACUCUGUCCUCGAGAACAACACAAAGAUCCCAGAACACAGAAAGAGUCUUCCAGGCAAGACACCUAAGAAGGAAGAAACUCUAGAAGAAUACAGUGAUACACUGUAUGAGAAUAUCUAAGGGAAAAACUGACCCUGUGUGGAUCAGACAUCUUCCUGCGCGACAGAGCUACUUUCUACACCCUCAGUUCUCUGUGAAGACCCACGGUGACUUCACGGCACAGCCAUGGGGAACUCAUGAACCUUGGGCUCCCUCCAGACUGCCCUUCAUUAGCAGCAGAAUACAUCUGUUCAGAUCCCACGGGGGCUCAGUCUGUAUUUAUGCAGCAAAGCUAUUUUGCAGCAAAGCUGUUUGAUGCAAAAGAAAAGCUGCUGUGAGAAGCAGUCACACAUAUCUUAAAAAUGGUGCAGAUGGGAUCUGUGCAGGUUUCUCUCACCUGGCCUGGCUGAAAUACUUGAAUCUUGAUCCUCUGGAAGUGGUAUCACACUCCAAAAACCUCCUUGCUUGCUGGCCUGAUCUUUGAAUCUUGACCUGUAGCAAUCCAUCUGAUCCUGUGCCUAUGGCUUUCCUGACACAGCCAUCAGGACUUCAUGCAUAGUUUAACGAAGAUCCAAGCAUCCACCUGCCCAUUUUUCCUUUCUCAGGACCCCCACAGUGAAACACGCUUUCUCAUAAUCUGCUAAUCCCAUCAAGUAGUCACAAAUACCUGCUGUGACCAUACUCAACUGACUCAAAUCAGUGUCUUGGAAGAAAUGCUUUCCCUUCAGCAAUAUCAGCAGUAUUGGUCGAGGGAUGGAUGCAUGAAAAGAAAUAAAAAUGGAGUUGAGGAAGACAGAGAAAAUAUCCGUGCCUGCCAAGAUGUCCCAGUGGCAGUGACUCCUCCAGAACAAGGAAAAGGAAAAGUUGGGAAUCUGAGGAAACUCCCUUGCUGGGCAGUGUAAUCCAAAUGGUUCUGGGGCCACGUCCCAGCCUGAGAAGUUCAAGCUGAUCUCCCCAGUUUGCUUUUCUUUUUGGCAAUGGGCAUUCUUACUGUUUGGGAUUUUGAAUUUCUGUGGGAGGAGAUUUGGUAUCUGUGCCUCACAAAAAUCCGUAGGUUUGCCUUUGUUUCAGCUAGCCAUUACUUCCCAACAAAGAUACAAGUUUUGUUUUGCUUUGUUUUCCCUCAUAGAUUAUUUGGGCAGAUGGACCAGUUCUCAAACUUAAAAUGACCGGAGUGAGGAGAGAGACCCUCAAGGUGAAUUUUCUAUCCAAGCUCUUCUCUCUCCUGUCAGCUGGAACUUGCCUACCUUUUGUGCUGAUGCAUAUUCUAGUUCUGGUAGAGAAAAGGUUACAUUUAAUAUCCAUAUAACACGAUCAAGCCAGUGGAUCAAAAAGCUGAGGCCGUUUUAUCUCAGAUUAAAAAACAACAACAAAAUAACAACCCAACAAAACCAACCCAAAAUAAGAAUAUGUAGCAUAACUUGAGAGGAAUCAUAGAAACCUCUUUAAAGAAGAAGAUCAAAUUAAAACGGAGCUUCAGGGUCAUAGGACCCUCUCUAGUUGAAGAUAAUGUUGCUAUGCAUCAGAGAUAGAGGCUAUGGAAAAUGUCUCCAGGGCCUCCAACCUUCCUAUACUAUGUUUAAAGAGAUAAUCCGCUUAUUGCUUUGCUCUUUUUAUUAGAAGAGAUUUCAGACAUGCAAUUUGGACUUUCUUUAACCACAGGAAAAUGCUUUUUCUCUUCCCAGUGUUGAGGAAUUCAUUUCAGAAAGAGCAAUAAAUAGACAGUAAGUCUCACUAGACUUGUCUUCCGGUUGUUAAGAGAUCACAAUAAUUAGAAAUAAAAUUUUUUGAACUCAGCAGUUUUAGUAUUUAUUAAUGUGACCAGAAAUAGCAAUUGGAAUAAAAACAUUUCUCAGAAAAAAAAGCCAACAAAAACAAACAACAACAGCAAAACAAAAACGGAAACAGGGGAUUGUGCAGGUGAAGUAUUUCCUUUCCUUAACAAAUUUGAAGAAAUGAUGAGAUGAAAUAUAAAUACAUUGUAAUGUGGCAGUAAAAUAUUCUAAAGAAGCUGGUGGUUGAGAUGAAAAGUGUAAGCUUUCAAAAUAAUGCUGCUUGUUGUUUUUUUGUGUGUGUGUGUUUUGCUUUUUAAAUUUUAUACAUGCUAAAAAUAAUAGUGCUGCAAAUUUCCUGGCAAAGAUCUCACUUUGCAGUGAAGUGUUUUGCUUUUGCUUUUCUAUUAAAUAGUGUUCCUUACA